GUGUGUUCUGUUACAAUGCAGCUAAGUCUCACCAUGGGUUCUCCCAUCCCUAGAGUGCUCUCUUAAUCUUUCUUCCUGGCCUUGGAUCAUUAGAUCUGCAGUUGUUACAGCCCCAGAUAUCGGCAGCUGUGUUUCUAACCACGGCCUAAUAACCCAACCAUGAACUUUGACCACCACCAUCUGGUUUAACGAUGUGGCUUUGUUGUUCUCUAACAAGCCUGAAUAGUUCCACCAUCACACUUGCUUGGCCCAAUGAAAUGUGAGCGCAAGUGAUGUGUGACUUCUGGGUGGCAGAGUUAAAAGCCCGAGUAUGAUUCACCAAGCUACCUUUUCCCUGCCAUAUGAUCCUGGGGGCAGAUGGAUAGCUGAUCUCUGAGUGACUACAGUGAGCAAAGAAAGAAAGACUCCUGCCCAACCAUGUGGACAGGUUAUGAUCAAGACAAGGUGAUUUGUUCCUGGACACAAGAUUCCACCUUGGGCUUUCCUUGGGACCCAGCUAUCCAGGUCAAUCAAGCCAGUUUGAAACAGAUUUCACAGAAGCCACUUGGUUGGAGCAGACUACCAUGAUGAGCCAGUCUCAGGGGAUCCACCAGCUUCUUCAGGCAGAAAAACGGGCCAAGGACAAGCUAGAGGAAGCCAAGAAGAUUCUGGGUCUACUUUUCCUAAAACAAAGAGACUGGGACUGCUUCUGGCAGGAUGACUAG